AUGUUAAGACGGGUAUUUGAUCUGAGGAAGGAAAUUGCAGCUUUCAUGGAAAGCAAAGAUAAAGCUGUUCCUCAUUUUACCAAUGAAGCAUGGCUGAGUGAUUUGGGUUUUCUUACAGAUAUUACAUCACAUCUAAAUGAUUUGAAUAAGAAACUUCAAGGGAAAGAAAAUUUAAUCCAUGAGUUAUUUGACUCCUUGAAAGCGUUUCAAGUAAAGCUGGACCUGUGGAUUAAUCAGUUCAAAAAAAAUGUUACCACACAUUUUCCUCAUUUGUCAUCUUGCCAGAUAACAAAUAUGGACAAAUAUAUUUCUGCGCUUGAAGAUAUGAAAACACAGUUCGACUCACGUUUCAUCGAUUUCCGGAAAAAUGAGCAGUGCCUGAAUUUGUUUGCUCGCCCAUUUAGUGUUUCUGUCGAAGAUGCUCCUGAAGAAAUUCAAAUGGAAUUGAUAGAGUUACAGUGCAACUCUAUUUUGAAAGAAAAAUUUGACUUAGGACUGCUUGAGUUUUAUUCAAAAUAUGUCUCCAUUACAGAUUUUCCUAAACUCAGAAAUCAUGCACUGAAAAUGACAUCACUUUUUGGCACCACAUAUUUAUGUGAGCAAUUGUUUUCAAGAAUGAAAUGCGUGAAAUCCAAGACAAGAGCCAGAAUCACCGAUGGUCAUCUUGAGAACAGUUUAAGAAUUGCAACGACAACCAUUGGGGCAAAUAUUGACAAAUUAGUUAAAAACAAAAUAUGCCAAACGUCUCACUGA